AUGGCGGUGCAUCGCGGCUCCCGUCGCGGUCUCUUGGCGCUCGUCGCGGCGAUCGCAUGCUUCUGCUGCCUGCCGUGCACGUCGCUCGCACAACCCAUCGCUGAAUCGCAAGGUGAGGUGCUGCAGGAGUUGCAGAAGUCGUGGAACACAAACAUCUCAAGCUGGCAGGCGGGGAGCGACUGCCAGCAAGCGCAAGGCCUCACAUGCGACUCAGACGGCAUGAUCACCUCCAUGCGCCUCGACACGCCUUCUGCGGCCAACUUCUCUGCUGUCACCUCCGUCACUCGGCUGUCGGCCCUCACCCAGCUGGAGGUUUCACAAGUGCCCCACAUCCCACAGGGGUCCCUCUACAAUCUCACCUGGCUCAUGUCCCUGGCAGUGGACUGCUCGCCGUACAAUGGUGAUCCCAUCCCCGAUGGCGUGGCCAACCUCACCCAGCUCACCAGGCUGAGAAUUGGCAACUGUGGUUUUGGCGAUUACCAACUGGACAAAGUCACUAGGAUCACAAACCUUUUGGAACUCGAGCUGCCGUCAACCAACAUAUGGUACACGGGAAACAUCACCAGCACCAAAUUCCCCAGGCUCCUGAAACUGGAUCUGAGCUCCAACCAGAUUCAGUCAUACAACACGGUCUACCUCAAGACUCUGACCGGCCUCACAUCUCUGGAUCUCGCACACAACAAGCUAAGCGGCGACCAAGUGCUGCCCGACAUCACCUUUCCCACCUUGCGAUUCUUAAAUCUUUCCAACAACCAACUGAAUGGUACUCUCCCGGAAUAUCUCACAUCCAUGACUAACCUGGUCGGCCUAAACGUCGCUUCCAACUAUAUGGAAGGAACCAUCCCCCCAGCCCUUGGAAAGCUCGAUAAUCUUUCAGCUUUAGACACCAACACCAGCGGACUCAGGUGCCCUGACAGCUACAGCAGCUGCGGUGUGCCUCAGAAUGCGUCCUCUGGCUUCUGCCGCGCCUGCCCUGACUUCUGCGCCACAUGUGACAAGCGCAAGCCACUCCCCUGGUGGGCUAUUGCAGGAAUCGUAGCUGGUGUUGUUCUCACUGUGGCGCUUGCGAUACUGCUCUACUUCUACUGCUUCACCAAUCGCCACCAUGUCGCUGCCAAUUCUUUUGACAUUCCCUCCGAUGAAGAGGCGGGUCAACAACUGCACAUUCUUUCUUGGGUCCAGCAGCAGCUGGCUCAAUUUGGUCGCAGCGAGGCAGUGGCAAGUCUCAAGGACCCACGCAUGGAGGCGCGGGAUGAGUUGGUGUUGAGGGUGGUGCAGUUGGCACUGCGAUGCACCGCCAUGCCGAGCGCCAUGCGGCCGACCAUGGGGGUGAUUGCAGCCGAGCUGGAGGCCGUGCUGGUGGAGCUGGGCGGCGCUCGUAGCAACUCCGCCGCCCACCAGGUGGACCAGCAGAUGGAGGAGCACAGCAUGUCAGCUUUGAGUUUUGAUUUAGGCGGACGCCUAAACCUGCCGGCUAUGGCGGUGCAUCGCGGCUCCCGUCACAGUCUCUUGGCGCUCGUUGCGGCGCUCAUAUGCUGCUGCCUGCCAUGCACGUCGCUCGCAGUGCCCAUCGCGGACUCGCAAGGCAAGGUGCUGCAGGACAUGGAACACAAACAUUCCAAGCUGGCAGGCGGGGAGCGAUUGCCAGCAAGCGCAAGGCCUCACAUGCGACUCAGACGGCAUGAUCACCUCCAUGCAUUUCGAUCAACUUCCGAAUCGGGCUUUUCUCACAGCCAAUGUCACGCGCCUAACCAGCCUCACGGAGCUGAGCCUUAA